AAAUUUACUGACCAAUGUCAUUGAAUGUUUUGAGCACACAGAAUUAUAUAAAUAUAUUCUCAAUGAAGUGUACAUUUGCAAUUCAGUCUCAUCAUUUCAAUUAAGAACAUAUAUAUGGGAUAUUUUAGGAUGCAGUGACCUAUGAGGAUGUGCAUGUGAACUUCACUCAUGAAGAGUGGGCUUUGCUGGAUUCUUCCCAGAAGAGUCUCUACAAAGAUGUGAUGCUGGAAACCUACUGGAACCUCACUUGUAUAGGUUACAAAUGGGAAGACCAUAAUAUUGAAGAACAUUGUCAGUGCUGUAGAAGAAUUGGAAGGUGUGUCAUCUGUCACUCUGGACACAAUCCAUGUGAGCAUAAGGGAUAUGGAAAGAAGCAUUGUAGUUCUGUCUCUCUCAGAACAAGUGGAAGGUAUAUGGUAGUCCCCACUAUGAGAAGACAUGAUGACUGUGAUACAAGUUUACAAUUAACUGGUUUUCCAACUUCAGUGGGAAUUCAUCAACAAACUUCCAUUGGAGAAAAACCUUAUGAGUACCAGGAAUAUGGAAAUACAUCUCUCUCUUCUGGUUCACUGUGUAUAUGUAGUGUGGCUCUCAGUAUAAGAAAAUGUUAUAAAUACAAUCAGUGUGGUCCAACUCUGAGUUCUUCAAGUUCUGUUCAAGGAUGUGAAAAAACUCAUAUGUUAAGAGAAAAUAAUAAAUGUGAGUCAUCUACCAAAGGCUUUAGCCAUUACAGGCAUCUUCAAACACACCAAACACCCAAUAAUGAAGAGAAUGUAUAUGAAUAUAAUCAAUGUGAUAAAGUCUUUAGAUGUGAUUGGUCGUUAAAACACCAAAGAACACAUUUGGAAGGAAAACCCUGUGAUUAUAAUCAAAGAUAUAAAGGCUUUGCAUGUCACAGUCUUCAUCAAGUACAUAGAAUUCAAACUAGGGAGAAAAGGUAUGAAUCUCAGCAAUGUGAUAAAGCCUUUGCAUGUCCCAUAAUACAUACUAGAAGUUACAUUGGAGAGAAACCCUAUGAAUGUCAUGAAUGUGGUAAAGCUUUUGCACAAAAGCGUUAUCUUCUCAGUCAUGAAAGAAUUCAUAAUGGAGAGAAACCUUAUGCAUGUAAUCAAUGUGGUAAAGCCUUUCCAUAUAAUAGUCUUCUUCUCACUCACUUAAAAAUUCAUACUGGAGAGAAACCCUAUGAAUGUAAUCAAUGUGGCAAACGCUUUGCACAGAAGAGUCUUCUUCUCAUUCAUGAAAGAAUUCAUACGGGAGAGAAACCCUAUGAAUGUAAUCAAUGUGGUAAAGCCUUUGUACAGAAGAUUCAUCUUGUCAGUCAUGUAAGAAUACAUACUGGAGAGAAACCCUAUGAAUGUAAUCAAUGUGGUAAAGCCUUUGCAUUGAAGAGUCAUCUUCUCAGUCAUGAAAGAAUUCAUAAUGGUGAGAAACCCUACGAAUGUAAUCAAUGUGGUAAAGCCUUUGCAGAGAAGAGAAAUCUUCACACACAUGAAAUAAUACAUACUGGAGAGAAACCCUAUGAAUGUAAUGAAUGUGGUAAAGCCUUUGUACAGAAGAUUCAUCUUGUCAGUCAUGUAAGAAUACAUACUGGAGAGAAACCCUAUGAAUGUAAUGAAUGUGGUAAAGCCUUUGCAGUGAAGAGAAAUCUUAACAGACAUGAAAUAAUUCAUACUGGAGAGAAACCCUAUGAAUGUAAUCAAUGUGGUAAAGCCUUUGCAGAGAAGAGAAAUCUCCACACACAUGAAAUAAUACAUAUUGCAAAGAAACCCUAUGAAUGUAAUGAAUGUGGUAAAGCCUUUGUACAGAAGAAUCAUCUUGUCAGUCAUGUAAGAAUACAUACUGGAGAGAAACCCUAUGAAUGUAAUGAAUGUGGUAAAGCCUUUGCAGUGAAGAGAAAUCUUAACAGACAUAAAAUAAUUCAUACUGGAGAGAAACCCUAUGAAUGUAAUCAAUGUGGUAAAGCCUUUGCAGAGAAGAGAAAUCUUCACACACAUGAAAUAAUACAUACUGGAGAGAAACCCUAUGAAUGUAAUGAAUGUGGUAAAGCCUUUGUACAGAAUAAUCAUCUUGUCAGUCAUGUAAGAAUACAUACUGGAGAGAAACCCUAUGAAUGUAAUGAAUGUGGUAAAGCCUUUGCAGUGAAGAGAAAUCUUAACAGACAUAAAAUAAUUCAUACUGGAGAGAAACCCUAUGAAUGUAAUCAAUGUGGUAAAGCCUUUGCAGAGAAGAGAAAUCUUCACACACAUGAAAUAAUACAUACUGGAGAGAAACCCUAUGAAUGUAAUGAAUGUGGUAAAGCCUUUGCACAGAAGAGAAAUCUUCACAGACAUGAAAUAAUUCAUACUGGAGAGAAACCCUAUGAAUGUAAUGAAUGUGGUAAAACCUUUGCACAGAAGAGUUAUCUUCGUACUCAUGCAAUUCUUCAUACUGGAGAGAAACCCUAUGAAUGUAAUCAAUGUGGUAAAGCCUUUGCAUCAAAGAGUCAUCUUCACAGUCAUGAAAGAAUUCAUAAUGGUGAGAGACCCUAUGAAUGUAAUCAAUGUGGUAAAGCCUUUGCACUGAAGAGUCAUCUUCACAGUCAUGAAAGAAUUCAUAAUGGUGAGAAACGCUAUGAAUGUAAUCAAUGUGGUAAAGCCUUUGUACAGAAGACUCAUCUUCUCAGUCAUGUAAGAGUACAUACUGGAGAGAAACCCUAUGAAUGUAAUGAAUGUGGUAAAGCCUUUGCAGAGAAGAGAAAUCUUAACAGACAUAAAAUAUUUCAUACCGGAGAGAAACCCUAUGAGUGUAAUGAAUGUGGUAAAGCCUUUGCAGAGAAGAGAAAACUUCACAGACAUGAAAUAAUACAUACUGGAGAGAAACCCUAUGAAUGUAAUGAAUGUGGUAAAGCCUUUGUAGAGAAGAGAAAUCUUCACAGACAUGAAAUAAUUCAUACUGGAGAGAAACUGUAUGAAUGUAAAUGAUGUGGUAAAACCUUUGCACAGAAGAGUUAUCUUCAUACUCAUGCAAGUCUUCAUACUGGAGAGAAACCCUAUGAAUGUAAUCAAUGUGGUAAAGCUUUUGCACAGAAGAGUCAUUUUCUCAGUCAUGAAAGAUUUUAUACUGGAGAGAAACCCUGAGAAUGUAAUGAAUGUGGUAAAGCCUUUGCAGAGAAGAGAAAUCUUCACAGACAUAAUUAAUUCAUACUGGAGAGAAACCCUAUGAAUGUAAUGAAUGUGGUAAAACUUUUGCACGGAAGAGCCAUCUUCACAGUCAUGAAAAAAUUCAUACUGGACUGUACCAUAUGGAUGUAAUCAUGUGGUAAUUUCAGAUGUGAUCUUCCAUGUGGGUGCUGGAAACUGAAUGUCUACAGGACGUACCUGCUAGAGUCCAGCUUCAAAGGAAUUCAGGUUCCUAAGACGAGAUGGGGCAUUAGCAAAGGAAGGAGACCGCCAUGAUCUUAGCGUGAAUCAGCAUGGCUGCUGCUUUAUUGAAAAAGGACUAUACCCUUUAUACUUUAUAACUGAAUCUCAGUUUAGACUAAACCAAGGUUAAAAACAGACUUGAUGAUUCCAGGCUAAAAGCAGCUAUCAACCUCAUCACAGCAUUUUUUCUGAGGCAAAAGUGAUAAAUUCAGCAAGAAUCUAAAUGCCUUUGUGGAUGUGAGCCCAUUGUUUCCUUCCAGUGUGCUUUCAUCCUUGGAACUAGGUAUGUCCAGUUAGUAAAUCAUUAAGUUCUCUAUUCUUGGUGUACUCAGGGGGAUACAAUGGGGAUUCUUGUGUGAGAGUAGGCAUAGUUAUCAUGUUAUAUGGUUCCAUGGUGGUGGGGAUUUUUUCCAUGAAUUUUUUUUCAAGGACUGCCUAUGUAUAUAUUCUCAUCUUCCAUUGUAGCUCACAAAAAAAUUCCUACAGUAAAAGAGAUAAGGAGACCUCAUCACGUAUAGUGAGAAUUAUUAAAAUUGAAAUAAAAUGAUGCCGGAAAAUUAAGAUCUGCAAUGUCAAAAUGCUGGACCUUUGUCAAGUAGUAAUGGUCACUGUGCAGUCCACACUAGGUACUAAACUGCUAAACCAUCUCUCUUCCCUUUUUCUUUUAAUUUUCAAUUUAUGAUUUUUGUCUUUGUGAGUGCACAUGGAUAGUAUAGUUUGAAAUGAGAUAAAAGCCUGUGUUACCCAGUUCUUAGUUUCUACCAUUUAGGUUCUGAGGACCACACCAGGUCCAUCAGUCUUGGUUCCAAGUACCUUUACCUGUUGAACCAUGCCACGAUAUCCACUGAGCCCUGAUAUUUUUUUGUUAAUUUUUUUUUUUUAAAAGAGACUGAUGAAGUUCAGGCUGACCUUGAACUUAAGACCUUUCUGCUUCCACCUCAUUACUAGCAUGACAGGUUUCACAACGAUGUUGUUUAUGCAGAGGUCUUGUGUGUGCUAAGCAACCAUUCUAUCCAAGGAGAGCCAUCUGAUAUGAAAGCAUUGAUGUAGCCAGUUCUUCAUACACUGAGGGCCACACUGAGACCCUGCCCCAAAUCCAAACCAAAACUGCCAAGAAACACAAAAUUAAAAAACAAAAAAAAAAAAACUGUGUGUGUGUUUUGAGACAGAGUCUGUCUCAGUUGCCUAGGCUGUCCUAGAACUCACACUGUAGCACUUGAUUCCUGCCCCUUGGUCUUGGCUGCUUAAGUACCUGGAGAACAGGGCUGGACUAGUGAGUGAGCAAGCCAGAGCACAGAAAGGCCUAACUAUGUGUCUGGAGACACACAGCUAGUAGCCAGAGGUACAUGACAAGAUCAGAAUGUUCCUAGGAUAGGGUUGGAAUCCAGAAUCUUCCUUGACAUGGAAUGCUACCAGUUCAGCAUGGAAGGAUGGAACGAGGCCCAGUAUCUAAUAUCUUGGGGUUUGAAAUGUCCUGCGAAUCUUGUGGAGAUACUUUAUUUGUGCAACCUAAUAAAGCUUAUCUGAAAAUCAGAGGAAAAAGCCAGUCAGUAUAUUAAACCAAGAAGUCGAACAUUGGUAGCACAUGCCUCUAAUCCUAGCAUUCAGGAGGCAGAGAUUCAUCUGGAUCUCUGUGAGUUCAAGGCCACCCUGGGAACAGAGCCAGGCAUGGCUGUAGAUGCCUUUUUAUUCCAACACUAGUUAACCAUAGAGGUCUGGAGGUUUGUACAGACAGACAGGAAGAGAUGUAUCUGGGUAGAGUGAGGAAGUGAGAUGGCAGGCACAGAAAGAAUAUAUGUGUGUGUAUACAGGAAGUAUGGCUCUCUCUUUGGCUGAGGAUUUCUAGCGGUAAGAACAUGGCUAGCUUCUUUCUGCUUCCCUGAUCUCUCAGUUUUUGACCUAAU